GAGAGGAAAUUUCUGCAGACUUGUGCAGAUUGGCACACACACAUACACACACACACACACACACACACCCACUGGCUGCGUGUGUGAGGUGCCACAUCGAAACGAAAUAUAAACCGCGGAAAAUGCGCAUCAUGCUGCCGAUCCUGCUACAGUUGUUGGUCCUUGUGUCCGGUUCUCCUCCACGAUGCGACCCAGGAUUCCGAGGACUGUGCAAGCCAACAGUGGAAGAAAAACCCAAAUGCACAGACUUGUUCCUGUCCUACUGCGAUGACAUGUCCUACACUCAGACCAUGUUCCCAAACAUCCUCGGCCACAAGACCCGUGAGGACGCCGAGGCUGGGGCUGAGUACCUCCUCCUAAGCGUGGUUGAGUCCCUGCUCAGGGGAGAGUGCAGCCCUGAGAUCCGCAUGCUGGGCUGCUCCGUGUUGGCGCCGCGCUGCGAGAUGGCGAAGGUGCUGAAGCCCUGUCGCACCACCUGUGAGAUGGUGCGUAAAAGAUGCAGCCACGCUUUCGAUGGCAUAAACAUGGCUUGGCCCUACUUCCUGGACUGUGAUCGCUUCUUUGUCAGUGACCAAGAGGGAUGUUAUGACCCGCUGGAGGGCCUCAGAGCAGAGCAGGAUGUAGAGGCCGUUGACAGCAUGGAAAUCCCUCCUCCUGAGGAUUCUGCCACCACGAUGCAGUUCAGCUACCACUCCAACGCUCAGAUGAACAGUGUCUUGAAGAAAGUUGAAGAUCGAUGCCCCGACAUAGCAAGAACCUACAGCAUCGGCCGCAGUAUGGAGGGCAGGGAGCUGCUCGUGAUUGAGUUCUCAAACAACCCUGGUGAACAUGAACUGCUCGAGCCCGAGAUAAAGUACAUCGGCAACAUGCAUGGAAAUGAGGUCUUGGGCCGGCAGCUGCUGAUCUACCUGGCUCAGUACCUGUGCUCGGAGUAUCUGCUGGGGACCGAGCGCAUCCAGACCCUUAUCAACACCACCCGCAUCCAUAUUCUGCCCUCCAUGAACCCUGACGGAUACGAGUUGGCUAUUACUGGAGUUCAGGACAAUAACUACGGUGAUGAGGAGGAGGAGGGUCACCGAUAUGACUCUCAAAACAUCGGCCGAAACAACGCUCAGAACAUCGACCUGAACAGAAACUUUCCCGAUUUAACGUCUGUUGUUUACGCCAGACGCAGACAAAAGGGUUACCGCACCGACCACAUCCCAAUCCCAGACUAUUACUGGUUUGGUAAGGUUGCACCGGAGACUUACGCUGUCAUGAAAUGGAUCCGCUCCAUCCCGUUCGUGCUCUCUGCUAACUUCCACGGCGGAGACCUGGUGGUGUCCUACCCCUACGAUCUGUCCAAACACCCGCUGGAGCGCAACAUGUUCUCCCCAACACCUGACGAUCAGGUAUUCAAGUUUCUUUCAAGGACAUAUGCAACUACUCAUGAAAGAAUGUCCAAUGAAAACGCCCGCUGUGGAUCGUCUCACUCCAUCAGUCAGAAAGGAAUCGUUAAUGGAGCGCAGUGGUCCAGCAUAGCAGGCAGCAUGCAGGACUUCAACUAUCUUCACACCAACUGUUUUGAGGUGACUGUGGAGCUGGGUUGUGAUAAAUUCCCCCCCGAAGAGGAUUUGUUUAUCGCCUGGCAUGAAAACCAAGAGGCUUUAACCACAUUUAUGGAGACAGCCCAUCGAGGUAUCAAAGGCAUCGUAAAAGACGAGGAGGGAAAUGCAAUCAAAGGUGCGCGGAUAUCAGUCAGAGGAAUACGGCAUGAUGUCACCACAGCUGAAAACGGAGACUACUGGCGCCUCCUCACUCCUGGAAUCCACAUUGUGACCGCCUCAGCCCCUGGCUACACCAGAGCUUUGAAGAAAGUCCACCUGCCCCCUCGCAUGCAUACAGCCGGCCGGGUGGACUUUGUGCUGCAGAAAGCUGCAGAAGAGGCUGACAUGCAAGCAGAGGAUGAAACUCUCCCGUCUAUGGGCACCUACGACCGCUUUGACCCUUACAAUCAGUACGAGCGCUACACCCAGAUGGCUGAUCUGAGCCAGAUCCGCGAGGAGAGGGCAGAGAAGCCCUGGUGGUGGAACUACUUUGUCCUGCCGGGUGGACCUGCACCAACCUGGCUGCUCAGACACUAUUAGAGCUUUCACUACUGCAGCAUACACACAAACCGAGUUAUCAUGUAAUAAAUGUGCUGCUGUUUGUUGGUGUUACACCGCAGGAAAGUGUCAAAGCUAGCUGGCUGGCCUUCAUGUUAGCUUUCACAUUUUAACCUACAAGUGCUCUGUUUGGUCCCAAAUCCAAACUUGAAACUGUAACGUAAGCACCUUAAGCUUUUGCCUUGACAAUAACAAAACUUCUAUUAAUGACAAUAAUAAAUGAAAGAUUAAGACUUUUAUAACAGUUUUACAGCAGAAAUAAAGAGCUUUUAUACAGUCA